AAGUUUUGUAGUUGACCAAAACAAAAUUCCUUUGUUAACCAUAGAUCCAUGUUCAGAUUCAGACAAUCAAAUCUGAAGACUUUUUUCAGUUUUUCUCUCCAGUUAUCGCUGAGAUAAUCAAACUUGAACGCUUUUUAAUAAUUCAUAUAACUAACUAAUGGCUGAGAGCAAACAACCAGGUGUGCAGUUAACCUCAAUCGAUGAGGAAAAGCCCGUGGACCAGCCGCAGAAAGACCAAAUCAUCGUUCCGGUUACUGCACCCCAAAGACCUCCACAACCGAUUCUACCUCUUCGAACUCUACUUGACGGCAACAGAGAACGUUACAUCGAUGUCGGAAUCCCCCUUUAUGAAGCAUCAAUUAAAGGGGACUGGAAAACAGCUAAAGUCAUUCUUGAUAAUAAUCCAGACUUGAUACGGUGUAGCAUCACAGAAAAUUGUGAAACAGCACUGCACAUUGCAGCCUCGGCUGAUAAAUCAAAACGGAUGCAAGACUUUGUGAAUAAUCUGGUGCAGAUAAUGACAAAGCAAGACUUGGAACUUCAAAACAGCACUUCCAACACUGCCCUCUGUUUAGCAGCUGCAGCUGGAAAUGUUGAAAUGGUUAAAAUUUUGGUCAAUAAGAACCGUGCCUUGCUCAAUAUUGCUGGUAGUCAACAAAUGAUGCCGCUCUAUAUGGCUGCCUUAUUUGGACAACAUGCAACGGUGGAAUAUCUUUAUAAUGAAUCCAAGGGGUUGCGUGAUGAUGGCUGGAAUCCGCAGAACCGUGGUUGGCUACUUCAAAAAUGCGUUGAAGCCAAUCUGUUCGAUAUCGCGCUAAAGAUAGUGACAGACCGUUCAGAACUUGCUAGUGAUGCAACUGUCCUUGGAAUUUUGGCUAGAAAGCCGGAUGCAUUUUCUGGAGAGACAUCAAAUAUAUUGAAGAAAAUUUUGGCUUUUGCACGCCGUUCAAAACCACGGCCACCAAAAAAGGAUGGGGAAGCAUUAAAAUUACUAAGAAUUAUUUGGAAAAAUAUUGCAAAAAAGCCGAAGAAGGAGAUUGAUGACAUAUUAAGGGGGCAGGCUGAUCCACCUAAAAAAGACGACAGGCUACCUUAUAAUAAGGAAGAUCAAAAGUUGCAUCUACUAAAACUCAUUUCUGAACAUAUGGUGAAAAUGCCUGUCCAAAUUCAAAAAUUAACUGCAGGGCCUUCUGCGAGUGUCACUAGAGUGCCAUCCAUGGGAAAUGCAAGGAAAACGUACUCUUCUCGUAUACUAUUUAUUGCUGCAGAAAUGGGCAAUACUGAAUUUAUAGUUGAGCUCAUCCGUGUAUAUCCCGAUUUAAUAUGGAAGGUCAAUGACAAUAAUCAAAGUAUAUUUCACAUUGCUGUCAAACAUCGCCAUGAGGGUAUCUACAACUUAUUGUAUGAGAUAGGCUCAAUGAAGGAUCUGAUUACUCCUCUAAGAGAUGAAAAUGACAAUAAUAUGUUGCAUUUAGUUGGGAAAAGCGCCAAACAAAAGCGGCUUCAAGAUGUAUCCGGAGUUGCUUUACAGAUGCAACGGGAACUAUUGUGGUUCAAGGAGGUGGAGGAGAUGAUCCCACCUUCUUAUAGGGAACGGAGGAACAAAGACGGUUUAACACCUCAUGAGUUAUUCACUAAAGAACACAAAGAUCUACUCGCACAAGGUGAGAAGUGGAUGAAAGAAACGUCUAGUCAAUGUAUGGUGGUUGCUGCCCUUAUUGCAACCAUAGUAUUUGCUGCAGCGUUUACUGUUCCUGGCGGAUACAAUCAAAGUAGUGGUAUCCCUAUAUUUCAUUCCGAAGUAACCUUUAUGGUCUUUGUGGUGGCUGACGCUAUUUCUCUAUUCGCAUCCGCAGCUUCGAUUCUUAUGUUUUUAUCUAUCCUAACUUCUCGUUAUGCUGAACGUGAUUUCUUGCAAUCGUUGCCUCAAAAGUUAAUGUUGGGUCUAGCAACUCUUUUCCUCUCUAUAACAACCAUGACCAUCGCCUUUAGUGUCAGCUUUUUCGUACUUUACAAGAACGGUUUGGUAUGGAUGCCAAUCGUUAUCAGCUUGUUUGCCGUGAUGCCUGUCGUCUUAUUUGCUUGGCUGCAAUAUCCUCUCUUAGGAGAUGUUGGCCGAUCAACAUAUGGUUCUAGGUACUUAUUUAGACCCAAGAAACGCAUGCUUUACUAUGAAAACCGAAGGUCCAUCAUAAUGCGCUUCUUUUCAAGAUGCUCAUCUGUAACUUUUGGUUUAUUCAAAGCCCGGAAAUAGAUUAGGACUUGUAUCCAAAAUCUGUAAAAAGCGGUAUCCGUGUAUGGAUGAUUUUGAAUAUACUUAUUUAUUUGCUUAUUA